AUGGCUGCAGAUAAUGUAUUCCAGACAAAAUUUUUGCCAGUUCCUCCAUAUCUGCAGUCAUUCCAAAAGGUGGAAGGUAAUCCAACAGAGUACUUAAGCUCAGAUAGCACUUGCAAAUCUGACGAGGACACUGAACUACAAUCAGAGUGGUUUACUACAGAAUUCUUAAAUGAUAUUACAUGCUCAGAAAUACCAAAUCACAAAAUUAUAUUGAAGGAAGGUGCUCCGAUAACGCUAUUGAGAAAUAUAGAUCAAGCAACCGGUUUAUGCAUUGGAACGCGGCUAAUAGUGGCUGAUCUUGGAACAAAUGUUAUAAAGGCCACUGUAAUAACAGGAACCAACAUUGGAGAAGACAUUUCCAUUCCAAGAAUGGACAUGGUUCCAUCUGUCUCAGUGUCAUUUGCUUUAGGUAAUUCUGAUCCUGAGAAGUUGAAGGAAUCAGCACAAGCACAUCAACGUCUCUCACCUAAUGAUAUUCAAAAACGUCAAAAGGAAAUCAAGGAAUUAUUUGAGAAAAUGAGGAUGCCAUCAGAUGCUGAGUUGAUGAAAGUUGCCAUAAGUGACUUGAAUAAUGUGUCUACUUCUUUGGAAGAUAGGCACCGUGCUUUGCAGGAGCUUGGUGAGUCAAUAGAUAAUGCAAAUGACGAUGAGAGAGGAGUGGAUGGCUUGCCAACUGAAGGUCUAGAAAUUACACAUUUUAAUCUGGAAGGUGCUCGCUACAUGAUUUACACACCAUCAGAUCCACUUUUUUUUGUCGCUUUGAAGGAUGAGAAAUGGAUAUUGCAAAUUGCUGAUGAUGUAAGUAAGCUAUCACCAACGACAAAAGGACCGGGAUCUGACUCCCCUUGCGGGAAAGCUAGCAAAAAUAAUCCAAUUGUACAGCAACAGGUGUUGGAACUCGGAGUACUCUCGAGGUUGAUUAUUAUGGUAAAAUCUGAUUCCACAGAAGAAGCGAAUAAAGCAUUAUAUACUGUUUCAGCUUUGAUUCUGAAUAACUUAGCUAGUCAGGCAUUGUUCUAUGCUGAAGCUGGAGGUUCAAUGCUUCAGGAUAUUUUGAGGAAUGCUAGUGUUGAUGUCAGACUACGGAGGAAGGCCGUGCUUCUAUUGGCUGAUCUAGCAGAGUAUCAAUUAGAACAUGUUGAAGAAGAGGAACCACCAUUUUUUAAUGACCAGGAUCUUUUGAAGUCUGUGGUUGAUUUAACUAAAUCAACCGAACUUGAUCUUCAGGAAAAGGCUCUUGUCGCGAUUAAGAGUCUCUUGCAGCUUAGGACCACUGAAGCUCGGGUUUUCAAGGACUUCUGUGCUUUAGGUGAUGCACUGAGUAGAAUGAGACAAUUGUUGCAUGAUUUAAUGGCGAAUGAGUAUCAGAGAGACUAUUUAAUGGAUGUGGAAAAUCUUCGGAUUGAAGUUGAACAUAUCUUAGGCUAUGGUGAUGACCUUGUAUCAUUAUCUAGUUUUUAG